AUGCACGGCCUUCUACUCGCAGCUGGGCUCCUUAGCCUGCCGUUCCAUGCCAUUGCCUUGACUCAACAAACGGCUGGCGUUGUUCGCCGAGGCGUUGAUCUGGACUCCUUCCGUAUGGUGGAGAAAUCCAACUACAUGAACUCGGGCGAAGUGCAGGUGAACGAAUCUAUUGCGCCUCUUGUCGGCAACUACGUUGAUGUCGCGACUCGGCUGGUGAAGCAAACCGUGCAACGGGUAACCUUCCGCCUCGUGGGUGAUCACUACAUUAGUGAUACGGGCAUGGGCCACGUUCGAUUCCGACAGACUAUAAACGGGAUUGACCUUGAUAAUGCCGAUUUUAAUGUUAACAUUGGCAGAGAUGGAAAGGUCUUCUCCUUUGGCAACUCUUUCUAUACCGGCAAAAUUCCCAACUCCAAACCAAACUUGACUCAGGAUUACACCAGCCCCAUGCAGGCUUUGCGCGGAGCUAUCAAUGCUCUCAAACUUCCAGUCAAGGCGGACGGUGCAACCUCCAAGGCUAUCAACGACCAAGAGUUCACAUUCCAGGGAACUUCUGGUGCCCUUUCUGACCCUACAUCAAAGCUUGUUUAUAUCGUGAAAGCCGAUGGAACCUUAGCUUUGACAUGGCGAGUAGAAACAGACAUUGGUGAUAAUUGGCUUUUGUCCUAUGUUGAUGCCAAAGAUAGCAACAAAGUGCACAAUGUCGUUGAUUAUGUUGCCCAUGCCACAUACAAAGUCUACCCAUGGGGUCUUGCUGAUCCUACUGAAGGUAAUCUUCAAACUCUAACAGACCCGUGGGAUAUUAAGACAUCUCCAUUUACCUGGAUUGGUGAUGGGGCUACAAACUACACAACCACCCGUGGCAACAAUGGAAUAGCACAAGAGAAUUUUAGUGGAGGAAAUGAAUAUCUCAACAACUAUCGACCAAACAGCCCUGCACUUAAAUUUGAAUAUCCAUAUUCACCAUCAAUGAACCCUCCCAAAACAUACAUUGAUGCAUCACUCACUCAACUAUUCUACAGUGCUAAUACGUUCCAUGAUCUUCUUUACAAACUUGGUUUUAAUGAAAAGGCAGGAAAUUUCCAGACAAACAACAAUAACAAAGGUGGAAAAGGAGGUGAUGCCGUGAUUUUGAAUGCCCAGGAUGGCUCUGGAACAAACAAUGCAAAUUUUGCAACCCCUCCUGAUGGCAGACCUGGGAGAAUGCGAAUGUAUAUCUGGACUAGAGCCAACCCCCCGCGUGAUGUUUGUUUUGAGGCAGGAACAGUGAUUCAUGAGUUUACCCAUGGUCUUUCAAACCGCUUGACUGGGGGCCCUGAUAAUGCCAAUUGUUUGAACGGUAUGGAAUCCGGAGGCAUGGGUGAGGGCUGGGGAGAUUUCUAUGCCACUGCUGUCAGGCUAAAGCCCAAUGAUACCCGCAAAACAGCAUAUCCAAAGGGUGGAUGGGUUUCAAAUAACCCCAAGGGCGUUCGUCAAUAUCUAUAUUCGACUGAUCUCUCGGUAAAUCCUCUUGUCUACACUUCCAACAAUAAUCUGAGGGAAGUGCAUGCUAUUGGUACUGUCUGGGCUACUAUGCUCUAUGAGGUCUUGUGGAAUUUGAUUGACAAACAUGGCAAAAAUGACGGCCCUAUGCCUGAAUUCCGCAAUGGUGUCCCUACCGAUGGUAAAUUCCUCGCUAUGAAGCUUGUGCUUGAUGGUAUGGCGAUUCAACCAUGCAUGCCAAAUUUUGUCCAGGCUCGUGAUGCUAUUCUCGAUGCUGACAAGCAUCUAACCGGUGGUAAGAACAAAUGUGAGAUUUGGAAAGGCUUUGCAAAACGCGAAUUGGGCGUCGGCGCGAAGUUCGGCGCAACUCGCACUGGCAGCAAGGAAGUUCCACGAGAGUGCCAGUAG